AAGUGGGUGGGAGGGAGGACGGACGUGAGCCCGCGGACGAGCGCUUUCGUAUCAAUUAAUAAUGAUAAAAAAAGAGCUGGUGAAAAGGACGCUGGCAUGGCUCUGUGGAGGCUGGCACUCGGGACGUCAGAUAUGACUGCGGCAGCUUGCUGACAUGAUCAUUGAGGCAGAUUCGGAUGGGAUGGCAGUAGACAUCGGGCAUGCAGGUGGAGGACUGAAGACGAUGCUGGAUGCCAUGGAAGUACCAAGUCACGCGAGGGAUCUCCUGCUGCAGCUCAACAGCCAGCGCACCAAAGGAUUUCUGUGCGAUGUCAUCAUCGUGGUCCAGAACGCUUUAUUCCGGGCACACAAGAACAUUCUGGCAGCCAGCAGCCUCUACUUGAAGUCCUUGGUGGUCCACGACAAUUUAAUCAACCUCGACCACGAGAUGGUGAGUCCUGGGGUCUUCCGGGUCAUUCUGGACUACAUCUACACGGGCCGCCUCACAGACGGGGACCCCUCAUCUCCCACCGAACCCAACCUGGGUGCCGUUUUGGCCGCGGCCAGCUACCUGCAGCUGCUCGAUUUAGUAGCUUUGUGCAAAAAGAAACUGAAAAGAAAUGGCAAGUACCCUCCUCGCACUACUCCGGCAUUCCUGCCAUAUGCAAAAAUGGGCGGUAUGGGUCUAGGCAGUGGAGGCCGAUACAGGGUUUCCACUCCUGUUAUCCAAACAUGUCCUCCCGGGGGAAUUAUGAACAGCCACACACCUCGGCCUCCACCGCUUGAAGAGCUGGUUCCCCAUCGGCUGGCCAUCCAUGCUGGCGAGCUUUACGCUCCCACCUCUACCCAAGGCCCCCAAUCCUUCCCGUCCAUGCAGUCGGUGAUGCCGGCUCAGCACGGCCUGCGCCCGGCGCUUCCAGAUAGAAACUGCUCCCCAAACUAUGGCCUAGAUCUCUCCAAGAAGAGUCCUAACUCUCAGUCUCAGCACACUCCCUCCCAGUCCCAUGAGGUCAGCACCCACAAUGACGAUGAGCGAGAUGGGACUCCAAAUGGACACACCAGUCCUACGCAGGGAGCCAAUGGCAGGGCUUUCCCCUCUGAGAAAAUGGAGACAACUGAUCAGACGAGUGCUAUCACUCCGCCACGGUUUCCCCAUCAAAACCAGUCCCUUGGCCCUCACCUCCCUCACCUCCAUCGUAUGAGCUCACAGGGCGGCGAGCGCUUCCCAUGCCCACCGAGUCCGGACACACUCACCGAAGGUGGAGAGGCCGGAAGAGAGGUGGGAAAUAUCUACCGCUGGGUGAAACACGAGCCAUUACCGUACACAGCUGAGGAUGAGGAUGAAGAUGAGGACGAAGAUGAAGGAGGUGAAAAUGGAGAGCGACGGCACAACCAUCACAAAGAGGAGAGUGAGGGGCCGGACGACAAGAGCGGCUCCUGCACCGAGGAGACCGGCAGCAGCGAGGGCCGCCCGUCCCCUUCUGGACACAUGGGGAGGUUCCACGUUCCGUACGAGCCAGAGAGUUACGGGGACAAUCUGUACGUGUGCAUCCCCUGUGACAAGGGCUUCCCGAGCUCAGAGCAACUCAACGCACAUGUGGAGACUCACACGGAAGAGGAGCUGUUUGUCAACUCUGGCGGAGAGAUGGGAAAUGGCAACAACAACAAGAACAUCAGCAGCAGCACCAACGGCUAUAGCGGGUUAACUGGCGGCGGGACCCAUUUGGAGACUAAAUCCAGCCAGGCUUUGGUUUCAGGGUCCAUCGGGGAAAUGAUUCGUCCGUACCGGUGUUCAUCCUGCGACAAGUCCUACAAGGAUCCAGCCACUCUCCGGCAGCAUGAAAAGACCCACUGGCUCACCCGACCGUACCCGUGCAGCAUCUGUGGCAAGAAGUUCACGCAGCGCGGCACCAUGACACGCCACAUGCGCAGCCACCUGGGUCUCAAGCCCUUCGCCUGUGACUCCUGUGGCAUGCGCUUCACCCGCCAGUACCGCCUCACCGAGCACAUGCGCAUCCACUCUGGGGAGAAGCCGUAUGAGUGCCAAGUGUGCGGUGGGAAGUUUGCUCAGCAGCGCAACUUGAUCAGCCACAUGAAGAUGCACAGCAGCGGGGCGGCAGCGGGCGGUCUCACCUCCGAGGGCAAGCUGAAGCUGGACUUUGCGGAGGGCAUUUACCCCCUGAGCAAGUACACUGCCGAGCAUCUGGGGCUCAAGCAGGAAAAGGCAAAUGAGCUCCUCCUCCAGGCACAGCACCAGCUUGUGAACGACCCCAAGGCCAUGGAUAGCCUCUACCCGCUCUCCAAGCUGGCAUCAGAGCACCUCGGUGCUCUCGGCCAUGACAAGGUAGACAUCCUGUGCCAAGCCCUGCCGCCUUCCCAGCAGGCCCUCUCUGAGGCCCGCGCCAUUGACCGCUACUCCCCCAGCUAAGACCAAUGAUGACCACAUGCCACAUGCAGUAUUCUGACGCCAUUCACCUCACGUAAAUAACCCCUCUGCACCUCAGACUGUGUCGACUGUAAGUGCCUUUCUAUGCAUCUAACCUUUGAAGCCUCCUACAAGAAGGAGCACUGUGCCCAAGGAACACUCGCUUAACUGCAGUAUUUAUAUGUGUAUGUAUAAAACAAAACUAAACCAAAAAAACAACAAUUCCAGCCAUUGAGCCAAAGCAUCAAAUAUUUUUUAAAAAUGUGCUUAUUUAUUUUUUUGUAUUUUGUUAUCCAAAGAGAAGCUUAAACCCUUAAACCUGUGCUAUGAGAAACAAAAGGACAAGAUUCAGGGGCUUUGUCCAGAUCUGAGAGCGUCACCUCUUCUGGGCUUUAAAAUAAUGGGAGGUUUUCUUUCUUGAGUUUUCUUUAUUGUAGUAUUUGGGAGUCACUGAUGUUGUAGUGGUACACUCACCUGUCUUUUUGCAGGCAUGGGUUUUGUUCCCACUCAGUGACAGUGUGAAUGUGAUUGACUGUGAAUGGUUGUCUGUCUUUAGAUUUACCCUGGCUGUGAUUGACUGGCAACUAGUGCAGGCUGUAGUCUGCCUUUCACACAAAUUCAGCUGGUUUUGAAUCCAGUUUACCACAAUUUUGAACGGGAGAUGUGCUAUUGACAAUGCAUAUAUGGUUGGGUGGUGUUAAUUCGGGGUUAUUAAACACUUGAUAACUCUCCAUCUUAUUCCCACAUGCAGUGACUUCUAAUUUAUGUUUUCUAAAAAUCAUUUCAUUUUCUGACCCAAGCGUCAUUUUAAGUGAGGCGUGGCUUGAUGCAGCCUCGUGAUCUCAUAGCUGUGAAAUGAUAGCACAUACCCUACUGGUGAACACACAAAAAUCCCUCCCUAUCUGUCAAUGUGGGCGUCACCCUCUUAUGACAGGAGUAAUUGCCCUGUUCAAAUUGAUUAAUCGCACAACGCCAGUUGGGGAUUUGACCCUCUGGUGUCACGUCCGAGAGGCCCCACUACCGUUGACAUGCCAAAGUGAGUGUUUAACACACACGUGCCUUAUCUCCCCCUCUAUUUCACACACACUUAGCAAAGCCGCUAAUCUGUCAGCGAUACGAGCACGAGGGGCUGGGUUGUAGUCUGGCCCAGCUGUUGUGUGGUGGUAAUCCCUGUGAAAUCCCACUUUCUCCUGGACAAUUCAUGCACAUCGCAUGCCAUUUCAUGCCUGAUAUCCCCUCAGUGCUAGUUAAAAGAUGUAAUGCCUCAAUACCAUCCUUUCACUCAUUUCUAUGCCGAUAUCAAAGCCCCCCCAAAAUAACAGUGAACUGCUUUUUUCUUUUUUUUUUGCAUUUGGGGCCAAACAGCACUCAGAAAACAAAAGAGCACUUGAAAUAUGCGGGUUUGAAGGCACUUAUUUUUGUUCAAAUAUGAAUGUUUAUCCAUGAACUUUUGCCUCUCCACUUUCUUUUCGUCUCCACUUUCACCAGCCCUUAAUCCAGAUUGUCUGACCACUAUUGUGCCAACGUCAACCUUAGAGGGUGAAUGUGAAGCCAUAAACACACUGUGAUGGACUGAGUGACUUUUGUCUCAAAAAAGCUAACCCCAAAACACUCCUGUGCCUUCCUUUGAAAAAAUAAAAAAAAAUAAAAAAACUUAUUUUUAUGUAACAGUCAUUUUAAAGCAGUGGUGGGGAACGGUCUUAAAUAUAUGAAAAAAAAAUCAGGCAAGCGCUUAUGUUUUACUGUAAGUGUUUUUGGCUUUUUAUAGCAAUUCCUCCUAGUAUUUUGUAUUUCUUUUUAUAAUCCAUCUGCAUCAAUGUGUUCCCCACCACUGCUUUAAGGGGCUCCAGUUGUGUAGUAUCUGUCCAAUAGUAAACCUGUUGUUCCAUGUCACUUUUCUUCUCCAACCAAAGUAUUAGACACGAAAAUCGGUGCUUACCUCAGGACCAGACACAUGCACACACAAACUGCGCAAUUUUUCAGUUUUUAAACCUGUGGUUAUUGUCUCUUUAUACAUUAGGUUUUGCAGCAGAGCAAUGCCAUUUGAUAUUGCUCCUAUUUUUUUUUUUUUUUAAUUGUUAUCAUGAUCAUGAUGUACAUUUUUUUUUUGUGAUGCCCUCCAAAAAAAAAAGGCGUCUGUAGGUCUACCCUUGUUGGUGGCUGCCUUCACGGGCUGUCUGUGAACAUCAGAACCGCACUCGGGCCGAGCGCCAUGCCAUGUUGAUGUUGUUUGGGUUCAGAGUGGAGCUUCCAGGGACUUUCACAGCCCAUUUGACACAGUGUUAGAGAGCUUCAGGCAACAAACACACGCAAACAUACACACAUAUAUGGAGCACACGCAUACACGUUUAUAGGAGGCAGUGUGUGAUUGGAGGACGCUAUUUUCUUUUUUGUAAUGUAUUCUCCUAUGUGAUAUGAGAGUGUGGGAACUUCAAGCGCUCAUUCACUAGUUAAUGAAAUGAUCCCCCACCCCCUGUUGAAAUAACACACACUUUCCACUGUAGCCCCAAAUCUAAGCAGGGAGGGGAAGCGUCAGAUAAAACUUUUUGAAGGAGAGGCUUCAACACACACAAAUACAUUGACAAUGAAAUAUACCUACUUAACAGUAAUUAUUUCAUCAAAACAUCUCUUAGCCCUACUUUCACUGCCCAAAAACCACCCCUAAACUACCUAUCCAGUGUUAACAACAAAUUAAACAAAUAACCCAUACUUGCCUGUGUAGGUUUUCUUAUCUGAGAAUAUCUUGAGGUGCUGAUGUUGAUCACUGACAGGAAGAAUCGGGGCCGGAAGCAUUUGCUUGUCUGUUUAUACCAUCGGAGCGUACGAAGCAGGGCCUAAUACAUGUCUUGGGAAUUAAUGCCGGCGUAAAGGAGACGAGCUGAGGAGCAGGAAGUGAACUUUUGGCCGUAAUGCAGGAUGAGUUGAGGCAGAUAGAGAGGGACAGGAGCCAGGGUGAAAGCAAGCAGGGUGGAGCCUGAGCCAUUGUUCGCCUCUCAAAAGCCCACGCGGCCUUCUAAAACGCUCCAUUCACAAAACAAGUCAACGGUAUCUUUGCUUUUCCUUCCCCUCUUUGCUCGUUUUUGGAAUCAACCCGUGCUCGGUGUCACGGUGAUACGGCCGCACACACUGGAAGGCAUUCAAGCGCUUUGUGGCGAGGAUGUUGGGGAUUUAUCGUUGUGGGGGGAAAGAUUGGUCCGGGACCAACCAUUUAGGUAGGCUACUUACCAGGAAAACUACAGUAUAAUUAUUUCAAAAGAAUUAUAUCUCUUCCAAAGGCAAUGUUAUAGUGUAACCCGAACAGAAGGUAAAAAUUAUUUUUCAUUCAUCACAACACUUCACAACUGUAAUAACAUUUUCAUAGAAAUGGCAAAAUACAGUAGACGAACUGAACUGAAGAAAUUGCUUCACUUAAUCACUAGUUUAUAGGGCUCAACCACUGCUGCCAUACAAUGCAAGAAAACAUUUACUAAAUAUUUUAAGGUCGGGUUUACAUACUCUUUAAGCCAAAAGUUUUUGUUUUGUUUUUUUAGUUUGAACUACUUUCUUCUUCAUGUAAUUUUGAUCAGAAUUAAAAUAUCAGCUUACUAGCAGAUUGUAGCCAAUACUGCCCCAUUCAGCAAAGUAAAAAUAGCAAUACAAUGAGUCCCAAACUCAUCUAAUCAUUAUUAGGGGACAUUUAUACAAUAUGAUUUAAAUAUUAAACUUUCAAUUUGUUUGUAAGGUAAUAACUGACAAAAAUUGCAAAAGUAUUUUAUUCUAAAACAAUCAGUAGUUGUAUACAAGUAUUAACUAUCAGGCAAUAGAUACAAUAAAUAUUAACUCUUUAACUAGCCACUUUUUAGAUUAUGAUGCAUAUUUGUAUGCAUUAAGCUCCUUACAAAUGUCUUGUCACGAACUGCAAAAAGCCAGGCUUUACAACAACUGUCACUUGAAGAACAAUGAGGAAAUAAUGAAAAUAACUAGCAAAAACUACUUUAUAUAGUAUUUAAAUGUUAAAAUUUUUACUUUAUUGCUCCACUGACCUGGAGCAUGAGAUUGAAGUAAAACUUUUAAAUGUUAAGAUGAGCCUUUUAAAAGAUUCCAUUUAUUAGGCAAAUCCAAACAAAAGCCUUUUCGAAGUUGGUUAUCAACUUUAAAAAGAAAUUUUUUUUUCAUUUUUUAAAAUUAUGCUUGAUUCCUUAAGGCUUUUCAUUGCUUUUUAAAUGUCAUUGCAAGGCUCACAACUUUUCCAGCAUUUACAGUAUAUAAGUUAAAACAACGAAAAAGUGUCCAAAAUGGAAUCUCCUGACCAACAAGUUGCAAACAAGAAAGAAAUGGCUGCCUGCAAAGGACAGGAGCACAAACCCGACGUUAUUUAAACAGGGGAAAAAAUCUAUGACAGUCUUUGCAAUUUUAUAGAAUCGCGCGCCGGCUCUACAAUGUUGCCUUUUUGUGUGGAUAAUCAUAGGAGUCAGGAGCCACUAUUGUCUAGUGCCUGUUUCAUUUUUCUUCUUCUUUUUUUUAGGAAGUGCCAAAUUAUAUAGAGAACCCUGCCAAUUUCAUCGCAUAAGCUAAAAGUCUAUUUAAAAAAAAAAAUGUUUGAAUGUGCAUGCAGACACAAUCUGCUUUGUCUCUGAUCUAUUUGGUGAUUUAGUACUGUUGUUCGCGUGUCGCGUUUAUGGAACUGUGCCCAACCAAGCUUAUACUGAGCCUCAUUCUGAGCAGAUACAUUACAUGUUUCCAUAUUUUGUCCCAUCUUCAUUUCAUAUUUUGAGAUUCUCUUGAUUUUUUUGUCCCUAUGCUGAGAGACCGUCCCCUUACUUUGACUGUCUAAAGCUCCUGUGCCAAACUCAUCUUUAUCACGAGCCACAUCGUACUUUUCGUUUCAUACAGUCAUUAUCAGAGGUGGGUAAAGUAGCCAAAACUUUUACUCAAGUAAGAGUAGCGUUACUUCAAAAUAAUAUUACUCAAGUAAAAGUAGUCAUAAAAAAAACGUACUCAAGUACAAGUAAAAAAGUAGCUAGUGAAAAGAAUACUCAAGUAAUGAGUAACAUUGUGAGUCACUGCUUAUUUUUGCCAGAUUUUUUUUUUAAACAAUAUUUUUUUUUUCUCUCAGUGCAAACUCAUCUACUAGUAUAUGAACUGUUGUUAUAAUGAUACUGUACAAUAACCCAUUACUUAACCACAUUAACCCAAAGAAAUACAAACAAACAAACAAAAAAAAUCAUUGAAUUCUGGCGAGAGAAAAAAAAAAAAGCAUUAUUUUUCCAAUCAACAUUAGUGCCUUCUAGUGGAGAAAAUAGUUCCUAGUUUGAAUAGUGAAUACUGUACUGCCUUCGUGGUUACUAAUAUGAAAUUAAAAGGAUCAAAUCUCCGGAUUUCCGUGGUCAAUCGGAGCCAAAUAACAACUGAGAGAGAGGUUAAAAUCCGCGCUUUCUAGUCAUGUUGGGGGCAGCGUUCUAUGUCAAAUACUUUAUUUUUUAUGGUGCUUUAAAGAUGCCACGUGAUUGAACAGGCUGGCGUGAUCAUAGAACGGCAAGCUUGCAUCUGAUUGGUGUAAUGCAGUCAUGUGAUUAUUGUUGUGAUAUCUCAUUGGUGAAAUUAGUAGCGCUACUCUUGGCAUCGCUGGCAAAAAAUAAUAAAUUUAACAUGUAGAAUGAAGAGGAAGAAUGUAACGGCUCUUGUGUAGCCCAAAGUAGCGAAAUAAGAGUAGUUUUUUUUCCUCACAAAUCUGCUCAAGUAAAAGUAAAAAAUAUAUCUUUGUAAAACUACUCUUAGAAGUACUUUUUUCUCAAAAAGUUACUCAAGUAAAUGUAACGGAGUACUUUAACGCAUUACCACCCACUGCUGGUUAAUAUACUGUAUCUGCCAAAAAGGGCUACCACAAUUAAUCUACGGUACUAAUUGAUAACUAAUGGAAUAAAAAAUUAAUAAACAAGUAUUUUGAAAGUCAUCUAUUCAUUUACAGACAAAAUUUGCCCAAAUGUUAUUUUCUCUAAGCUCCUAAUAGCAAAUAUUCUUUAUGUCAUUUACAAUUUUUAGUAAAACAAAAGGGGAGAAAACCAAUAAUAAUCCUCUUUUAGUAAUUUUUGUUGAUUAAAAAAAGAAAACUAUUUUAAUGUAUAUUACUUAUUCACAUUAAAAAAACAACCAAAAAUAAAACAUUGCAUAUUGUCUUCAUUUUUUAAAAGGAAAAAAACGGAACUCCUUUAAUUUCUAUAGUCCUAGAUCUUUCUUUUAGACAUUACAGACAUUUAUUUAGAAUUUCAUUUCAACAAGAAACAUGACUGGGACAUACGUGAUUUUUUUUCACGGGCCACACAAAAUGACAUGGAAUGCCGGAUCUGGGUCCCUGGGCCUUGAGUUUGACACAGGUGGUCUAAAGGGACUUUUGAUUAGUCACAGUCAUCCUUUAAAGCUAAAGGCGGAACUGCAUUGUGAUACUCCAAAAGUCCGACACUGGCCCUUACUCCUUCUCACUAAAUCUUCCUGACCUUCCACUAAACACAAGCAGAACCCCCCUCUCACGUCCCGAUCCACUUACUUCCAGCUGUUUCUCAUGCUGAAGAAGACACUUGUCUAAAUGUUUACACCGAGGGCUACUUUCUUUUUUGCUAAGCCCUGAUCGAUUUCCAAAAUGAACCCCGCCACAGCAUACGUUGACCUCUUGUCACAGCCCGGCCCUGCUACCCCCACCACCAAGAAAAUGACCACUAGAAGGAUAUUAAAACCAGAGGAAAUGUGUAAUAAUGCUCAGAAAAGAUGCCAGUAAAGUAAACAUGUAUGAAAUUGCACAAUUGCGCUGGGGCUUUUGGGUGCACAGCAGCCAAGUCAUGCGCCCAGAUGAAAGGAAUAAGAGAAAAGAAGUGAAGCCAGAAACAAAACCAAUAGAAAGAGAUAGAAAGAAAAUGAAAAAGUUGCGCUUUGCCUGCUUUAACUUUUCUGUUUGGUGAACUUGAAAGUGUGCUUACCUUCAGGAAAUGAUGCAGCUCAUUGUCAGACUCUCUUGUGCUCAUCCGUCAUGUCAGUUCGCCCUCACAGUCAACAUUCAAAUGCAUCUCCAGCCUGAUGAGUAGCAAAAGCGCAAUUUUUGGCCAGAACAAACGCUCCUAAAACGAACCCUUUAAUGGGGAGCAUUUGUUCUUUUCACACAGUGUUUGCUGUGAGAGCUUCACUUGAAUAUAGUGGGAUUUUGCAAAGAAAAUGUACUGCAUUUUGUGGAAAAUGGCAGCACUGUACUUGAAAAUAAUCAAAAUUUUAAAUUUAUUUUUUAAUGUGAUAACAAUUAUUACUCUUAAUUCAUUUACUGGCAACCCUCCCAUUUUAAAAUGGAUUUUUCUAUCACCAUCAGUGGCAGUGAAUUAGUAUAUCAUUUUUAAAUUUGAGGAAAAAAUAGAUGAUUUCACCUCUUAAUUUAGUUUCAUUUUUCUCACGAUAUCAUUGAUAAAAUGUAGCAGAAAGUAUGUACCAUUCUUGUGGCAAUAUAAGACUUUCGUUUUAAGAUUUAUUAUUUUUUUUGCAUAUACUAUAUUACUAUACAUACAAUUUCUGUACAUUUCCUACUAAAUUCUUGUAAGUUAGUAUUCAUUGACAUUCAUGAAAGAAGCCAGUUUCUUUCAUUUUUCCUCAAAUGGUGAUAAAUAAUAGUACACGUACACACAAAUACACAAUUGGCUCAAUGCUAAAAACCUAAUGGAUCAUACAUUAUUUAGGGGGGUGGGUCCUUCUUUUUUUUGGUCCCUACGAUGAAAGAUGUCCCCAUUGUUGCGUAAAAGAAAGAAGACAUACAAGCAGGCAUUGUCACAAGCACGCAUGUACACACACGGCUGGGCUGCAGACUCCAGAUUAGAUCAGCUUUAAUGAGGUUGCCCUACCGCGUUUGGACUGUCGCUUCUUGUAGAAAAAGUCAUUAUUAAGGAGUGGGCGAUCGAAGGGAACACACUGAAAUACGUGCCAAGAUCUUACACAGCCUCAGGGUCCUCCUCCACACACAAACAUACACAUAUGCAGAGAUUACAGGCAGGAUUGAUGGGUUGGGCGGGUGGCUGGAUCGUGAUCUAAUGAGGAUGACUGCAAUGUCUUGUGCCCGACUGCGUUGUGGUUCAGGGAGAAGAAAGUUCAGCUGUGGGGCACACUGCCACACUGACAAAACACAAACACACACGCUUUUGCAAUGUCUUAAUUCAGAUGACAUUUAGCUGUGUCGUCUAUCGGUCACUUUGUAGCAAUAAAACCAAACAGUAUUUCUGCCUUAUUUUAAAAAAUGUCAAUAUGCUUUUAAUGAAAUGAAUGUAUUUAUUGCAUGUCCAAAUGUUUCAUAGUUUUUUGUGUACAUUUCAACUGUGGAUUUUUUUUCUAUAUAAAUAUAAAAUUGCAUUUAAGUAUGAUAAAAAAUAAUGUUGAUGAGGUUUUUAUUGUUUCAAAGUCAAUGUGAAAACAUGUUGCGAUUUAUGUCACUAUACUCAAAAUCUUCCUGGCAAUA